CAUAUAAAUUCGCGCCUCGCGGAGUGCAGUCGAUUUUAGCAACUCGUUGUGGUAGGACGUCAUCGAUGUAAUUUUAUCACGUAAAUAGAUCUUUAACUCUUAUCCUUCAAUUGUGUAAAUAAUUUAUAGUCCGAAACCAAAAUAUUGUUACAAAAUUAGCUGCUAUAUUACGUCGAAAAAAUGGCCGAAAAGAAAGUAAAUGAAGAUUUGGUGAAUGAAAGAAAAAAAUGCACAUUCAAUGUGCAAGAGCUGAUACAUCUCAUAGAUGCUGGAGAGGAAAAUACUUUGGAAAGGAAAAAGAUUGAGGAAUCUGUGCUCAGCAUAAAGGAGCUAAAAGACGAGGUGCCAGAAGAGUAUAUGAGUCAUAAAGAGAGGUACGAGAACUCUAUACGGAAAGCUUGUAUAUUGUACAGCGCGCUCAGGAACUAUGGACAGCAGGGCAACUCUUUGGAUUUAUACGGACCAAGCAAUAAAUACCGUGUGCACUUCGCGGUGUUGAAAGACAUAUCGCCGUUCAUGCUGCACUCGGGCAUGUUUGUGCCCACCAUCAUGAACCAGGCGUCGGAGGAGCAGGCCGCCGAGUGGCUGCCCAAGGCCCUCUCCAUGCAGAUCAUCGGGACUUAUGCGCAAACAGAACUAGGGCACGGUACAUUCAUCAGAGGUCUGGAAACCACGGCUACAUAUGAUCCCAAAACUGAAGAGUUCGUGUUACAGAGUCCAACGCUUACCUCACACAAAUGGUGGCCAGGAGGUUUGGCUCAUACCGCCAAUCACUGCAUUGUGGUUGCUCAGCUGUACACCAACGGAACAUGCUACGGUGUUCAUCCUUUCUUCGUGCAGAUCCGCGACUUGGAGACCCAUAUGCCACUACCCGGCAUCAGUGUGGGCGAGAUUGGACCAAAGCUGGGCUUCAACACUGCCAAUAACGGCUUUCUGCGUUUCGAUCAGUAUAGAAUACCAAGAAAAAAUAUGCUUAUGAAGAAUGCUCAGGUUUUAAAGGACGGUACGUACGUGAAAUCGAAGAACGAGAAGCUGGCGUACGGCACCAUGGUGUUCGUGAGGGUCAUGAUCCUGACUGACGUGGCUUACGAGAUCGCAAGGGCUGCCACUAUCGCGGUCAGGUACGCAGCGGUCAGGCACCAGUCACAACCGAAACCUGGUCAACCAGAGCCAGCCAUCAUAAACUACGUGACGCAACAACACAAGCUGUUCAUUGCCAUCGCGACCAGCCACGCCUUCAGGGUCACGGGCAUGUGGCUCUUCAACACGUACGCCCAGUUCCUCGCAGACAUGGGCAAAGGCAAACUGGAUCAGUUGCCAGAGCUCCACGCCCUGGCGUGUUGUCUCAAAGCGGUGUGCAGUAAGGACGCGACGGCGCGCGUGGACGAGUGUCGCCACGCGUGCGGCGGCCACGGGUACAUGCAGUCCUCUAACCUACCCAUCAUCAACAACAUCGUCACCGCCACUGUCACUUACGAGGGGGAGUUCACUGUCCUCAUGCUGCAGACUGCCAGAUUCCUCGUGAAGGCAUGGAAGCAAGCGUCAAUUGGUAAGGUCAUGACGCCAACCGUUGCCUAUUUAGUGGAUUCUUCCAAUCAGAAAUGGCAGAACAAUCCAGAAGGGAUCAUCAGAGGCUUCAAAUUGGUAUCUCUUGGUAAAAUAAAAGCGGCGUGUGAAGCAUUAGAAAAGCACGCGAAAACUGGCAUGGACUACGAGGAUGCGUGGAACAUGGCGUCCGUACAGCUUGUAUACGCCAGCGAGGCGCACUGCCGAGCGUUGUUGUGUGAAGUGACGUGGAAGGAAAUGCAAAAUUUGGCCUCAACCGUGUCUCCAGCGCUGGGCAAAGUUCUGCUGCACCUCGCUGAAUUGUACAUCGUGUAUUGGGCAUUGGAAAAGAGGGGAGAUUUGCUCAUGUACUCGUCGAUAUCAGGCAGUGACAUCAGUCAGCUGCAGACAAGGUACGAGGAGCUGCUUGCGCUGAUACGCCCCAACGCUGUCGGAUUAGUCGAUGCAUUCGAUAUCAGGGACGAGAUAUUAGCGUCAGCCCUCGGCGCGUACGACGGUCGCGUGUACGAGCGUCUGAUGGAGGAGGCGCUGAAGAGUCCUCUCAACAAAGAGCCCGUCAACCGCAGCUUCCACAUGUACCUCAAGCCUUUGAUGCAAGCUAAACUGUGAUAUAAGAUUAAUUAAUGAAUUAUAAUUGCUUAUGAUAAUGUAAAAUAUGAAUAGAAUUAUGAACAAUUGUUAUGGCAUCAGUCAAUGAUUACAUAUUAUUGACUCUGUUAAGCCGUAGUAGGACUAUAUGUUGUGCCCAUAUUAUACCUUACAUGACCAUGCACAUCGAUUGUUAGUAACUUUUUUAUAAUAAAGAGAAUAAGAACAUUUGUAUUGGAUAUGUAUGAAAGAUAGCAUAGCUAUGGACUGCAUUUAAUUUAAAAAAAUAUUUUAAAUAAUUUUAUUUUAAAAUUUAAAAAAAUAAAAAUAUUAAUUUGUUUUUUACUGCGUUUUUUCUAAACAUAUAUGAUGUUUAGGUUGUGCUUCUGAAACUUUAAUGUAGACCUUAUUUUAUGAUUUACAUAUUAAAACAAUGUUGAACAAUAAAUUAUUUUAUACUAAGGUU